CGUGAGGUUGUAGACGUGGUACGGAGAUGAGGAAGCGGUGACCGAGGCGGCCGCUGCCGUCGCCGAGGGGACGACCAUGGGGCUUCCGUGGCUCACCUGGGCCGCCCUGAGCUGCGGCGCGUGGCUCUCGGCGGCGCAGGCCAAGACGGUCCGGGGCGGCUUCUCCAGCGCGGCCGCCGGAGCUGGCCAGGCGGCGGCGCAGUUCCAGUUCCACGGUGAUUGUGCUCUUCUGUAUGUCAGAAUCAACAAUGUAGCAACAGCAGUUGGAAAAGAAGCCAAGCUUCACCUCUUUCAAGCUCAAGAAUGGCUAAAGCUGCAAGAAAGCUACCAGGAUUACAGCUGUAAAGAGAGAUUGUCCAAAGCUCAGCUGAUAAUGCAUCUGAACCUCACAGAACAAAAUUUGACUGUGUCCCAGAUUCCGUACCCUGACACAUGGUAUGUGUUUUAUGUCGACAAGUUUACCUGUGCGGUGAAUUAUGAGGACUCUGAAUCCGAGGAAGUUCAAUUUGAAAUGGUCUUACUAAAUCCAGAUGCGGAAGGGAAUCCUUUAGAUCACUUUAGCGCAGGGGAAUCAGGCCUCCAUGAGUUCUUCUUCCUGCUUGUUCUGGCAUACUUCAUCGCUGCUUGCAUAUAUGCUCAGACAUUGUGGCAGACGAUUAAAAAAGCAGGGCCUAUGCACACUGUGUUGAAAGUUCUGUCGACUGUUCUGCUCUUGCAAGCCGCUUCCGCUUUUGCUAACUACCUACAUUUUUCAAGUUACUCUAAAAAUGGAGUAGGAGCACCUUUUAUGGGAAGCCUUGCAGAGUUGUGUGACAUAAUCUCUCAGGUGCAGAUGCUCUAUCUACUGCUCAGUUUGUGCAUGGGAUGGACAAUCGGGAGAAUGAAGAAAUCUCAGAGUAAACCUCUCCAGUGGGAUUCCACUCCAACAUCCACAGCCAUUGCAAUAGCUGUCGUGGUAACACAGAGCAUUUUGCUAAUUUGGGAGCAGUUUGAGGAUACAAAUCACCACAGCUACCACUCUCACCAAAGUUUAGCAGGCGGGCUUCUCAUUGGCUUGAGAAUUUGCCUAGCUCUGUCACUUGGCUGCGGACUUUACCAGAUCAUCCGAAUUGAGAGAAGUACACUGAAAAGAGAAUUCUAUAUCACUUUCACAAAAGGCUGUCUUCUGUGGUUUUUGUGUCACCCAAGUCUUGUUUCCAUAUCUCUAAUGUUAAGAGAUUAUCAGCGAGAGAAGGUCAUUACCGUAGGUGUCAUCCUCUGCCAGUUGUUCUCCAUGGUCCUCCUGUACCGACUCUUUGUUUCUCAUAGUCUAUAUUGGGAGGUGUCCUCCCUCUCUUCGGUAACACUGCCACUUACUGUAGCAUCUGGACAUAAAAGUCGGCAUCACUUCUGAGAUGCAUCUGGGACUUCCGUUGAUAAAUGUGCAAUAAAGACUUGAAAACGUGCAGCUAUUUUCAGCAGUGAAUCCACCACAGAGGAUCUUUGGGAGAAACGAAACAAUCAAAAUACAGAAUUGCACUGCUGCAGAAGCUGAACAAGUGCAGGUAUGAGGCAGAUUUUCUCAAAAAUUGUGACAAAGCAUCUUGGAUUAAGUCAAAGAAAAUCUCCGUGUUUUUACUCAAAAACUGCCUCAUCUUAGGUUGGAACUAGAUCCAAAGUUUAAUGACUACCAUAAAUGGAUCACAUAGACCACUUUUGGAAUUAAAAUAAUAUAUUGGUUUAAAGUUGCUUUGAAACAGUGCAAAUUGUGCAGAAGUUUAAAAGGACUUGAAAAUUGUAAUAGGUCCAGGAAACCAGUGUAAAAUGUUUACAGCAAACUGUGGCACUCAUUAUUUGUGUUUUUGAAAAUGAAAAGAAAAAACACUUCCUUGCCUUGAGAUUUGGAUGCAGUUCAGAUUUCAGCUUGAUUACCAAUUGCUUUUUACACACCAUAUUUGUGACAAAUGUUACAAGAGCAUAAGGGUGAUGGACUAACUUGAGUUCUGUUUUUUUAAAAAACAAAAACCUGGCAUCGUUAAGGUUAUAAAAACAGCAGGCUAGAAUCUCCUAAACAUGGGGGUGGGGGUGGGAUAUGUGAUGCAGCACUAGAAUUUUAAUCCUGAUAUAAUUCAUUACUCUUACAUUGAGGAUUCAAUCAUAAUUAAGCCAUAUUCACAGAUUAAAUUAACAGAAGCAUUUCAAAUAAAUGUUAGUUUCAGUCAUCAACUACCCAUGAAUUCCUGCCCAAGGAUACUUAAUCAGGAUUAAAUUUUCUAUGAAUAAUUGAAAAACAAAAUACUCACUGGAUUUGUUAUAAUCCAUGUUGGCAGUGGGUUCUAAGUAGUUGCCAUCUCCCACCCAUUGUAGUAGAAGCACACUUUUAAAUCAUUCCUAGCAUUCAGACUGCCAUUGUAAAGAUAUACUCUUAUUGAAGUGCCUAUUUAUUGCUCAAGAUUGAAGUAAUUUGAACGAGUUUUGCUAUAUAAAAUAAACAUUCCUGUUAAGUCAUUUCUGUGCUGUUGUGUGCUAUUAACUCAUGCUUGUAAACUGGUGUCUCGGAGGAAAUGUGAAGCUAGUUUUAUAAUACGCUUCAGUUUUUUCUGAGUUCCAGACACAAGGCUGUGUUUGUACCAUCAUCAGAAGCCAGCCAUGAAAGCUGAUCGAUUCAUGCUUAUUUACUCUUCCUACUUGCUCCAAGGCAAUACUCGCACUGUGUUGAGCCAACUGCCAGAAGAAAGGAGGAGAAGGCUGUACAAAACUAAUGCUUCCCACUUAUCCUCUUCCCCACUCUCUUCCCCCCUUCACACCAGGAUUAGCAGCAGUGGGGAAUACAACUAUGGCAGACUUAUCCUCAAAGAACGUGGUCAGGAGUGUACGGGGAAAGCGUCAGGGGAGCCUGAGGCGGCAAUCCUGAUACAGUGCAAGCUUGAACAUAAUUUUAGGAAUGCAGUCUUUAAAAUCAGACAGUCUAGUCUUCAAAAGCACUGCUUUAGCACAAGCCUUACUAAAGGUAAUAGAGCUUCCAGUUACAAACUGCUUUGAGAAUCAGUCUCGGGAUUUCAUUUAAGUUUAUAGGUGCCACAUAUUUGCCUCUGACUAAGGCAAAUGGCAACAUGACAAAGUUGUUCAUUAAAUAGAUUCGCUAGUCACUCUUUGUAAUUCAGGACAAGAACGGCAGGUUGAGGCUGGAAGGACUGAAAUCGUAGACUUUCAUGCCAUCAGCAGAACGACUGCAACAUUAUUAUUUUUAUUUCUCUGGUAGCCACAUCAAAAUGUUGUCUGCUUAUCUCUGUGCUCAUAUUCAGAAUAGAAAAGGUGGGUUUUGGCACAAACUUUUAAUAAUAAAAGAGAACAUACAUCUGGGUUUCCUCUCAUGCAAAAUGCACACAAGGGCGUGUACCAAGAGUGAGGAAUGGUGCCAGUUGUCAUCUUGUGUGAUAAAAGUUGCAUUUGGUUAGAAAAAAAUGCAUGAAACGCUGAUACUUCAAUUCCCCUAUUAAUUGUGCAAUGUGAUUUCUACUUUCAGUAGUCCCAAGUGCUGGCAAAUUAGAGAUUGGAUUAUUUUAACAGCAGGGAGUUGCUCAGCAGGGGGUCACCACUCUUAAAGUGGAGUCCAGAAGUUGAAGUUAGGGGAGAAUGUAAUGAUUGGGCUUCUGAUUAAUGGUCUACCAUUAGCAUGUUAUCAGCAUCCAUCUGUCUCAAAAGUCAGUGGACUGCGCCUCUGGGUACGAAGUCAAACCACUGGAGAAUCGCAGUGCCUGCUGUGGCUGCGAAGACUCAUAACUGCUGCAUCCCACGUUGUUUUUGCUGCAUUGGUAGCACCAAAGCCACUGCCAGGGCAGACAGCAAGACCCCGCUCUCAGGCUCGCUGAUGCGCUCAAAAGGAAAGCAGAGCGAUAUGUUUGGCACCAGCCUGGCUGCAGGAGUUGCCGGAAAGAGGCGUACAAGAUGCCAUCCAACUACCUUAGGGACUCCACUCCAGAUAUGUGUAGGGCUUACUCCUUAGUCUUUUCUUCCCUCUUUCUCACAAAUGAGUAUAUCCACAAGGAUAAUCCACCAAGGGUUUGAGACUUAUUGACUACCCUCGCCUGGUUUAGCCGGCCAGUCGAAGCUGUUUGCCAGGUUGUGGCCACUGUUGAAUUCUGACAGCUUCUAGAAGCCGCAGGUAAGAGCUGGGUGCAAGGUGGGGACCAAAUAUGGGCACACUACUCCAGAAGGAGCACCACAUGUCCCCCACCAGAGGUACUACCCCUCCCCUAACACCCCAUACAUGCCAUACAGCAGCAUACAGCACCAUUGUUAAUUGUCCACAUACACCUUUUCUAUUGACUAAUUGAUAAACGGUUGCCGUGAGCUGCAUUGUUUUUUCCUCCCCAUUGUUCUUUCAGUUUGCUGAGUUAAACAAAAGAAGGUUUGCUGAGUUAAACAAAAGAAUGUUGAUAGCUUCCUUCUCAGUGUGGGCAGAUAGCACUGCCCUUCAUGACUGAGAUGAGGAGAGGGGUUAUGGGAAGAGGAAUAAAAGACCAGAGAUUUGUACAGAAAGGGGUAUUCAUCUGUGAAAUAUUCUGCUUGAACUUCUCCAGACUGGAUCCUACAGCUGUACUGCCAGUUAAGGAAGUUUUGUUUCCACACUGGCCAGUCAUUAACUCUAAUCUUUGGCUGUGGCACUCUUCCUCCACUAGCUAUCUAGUUUUACCCUGUAGAAAUUUGCUGCUUGGCAGUAUGGCCCUUAAAAACAGUAAGUCCCUGCGAGUGCUAUGGCCUUUGAUCCUUAAAACGGGCGUGCUCUGAAGUUUGAUUCAGCAGCCCAUCCAUCAUCAGAAUUCCAGCAACGGUACAAGAGGGCAGCCUAGAGAACCAGCACAAUCCUGCUUUGUGGCCCUUUGAGCAGCACCCAUUGGACGCUAUUUGGCACUGUGGAAGCCUGUGCAAACGUAGCCAACAUAGUUAAUAAUCAGAAAAAGGUUCAGGAUACAGAGAGGAUGCUCUCUCAGAAGCUAGCCGAUCAACACAUUGUUGGAUUCUAGUUCAUCACAUUUUUUGGUUUAAGAGUAAAAAAAUAAAAUCUUGCUAUAUCUUACAUUAGUGGAGAGGGUGUGCUUUGGGUGUGUGGCUUUUUAAAGGUCUUAUAAAUAGAAUGCUUAAUUUUUUCCUAUUCCCAAUCUAUUGUUCUGCUAAUAUGCACAAUAUUUCAAAUGAUGCUAAUGUAACAGAAACACUGAUUUUCUAAGUGAACAGCCCUAAUGGCAAUAAAAGUAAUCUCAGAACUGCAGGCAGCUUCUCUGACCCUUGUCUCAUAUUUUGUUAGAUUCUAUUAUUAGGUUGCACCGCCCCUUAAACUGAGAGUGUAAGACACCAUUUAGCGGCUAAGGCACCAGGGCACCAUUUAGUUCUCUUUUCAGUUCUCCAAAAGGUAUGGUCUUGAAAGAUGAUGGCCAUUAUCAGUACCCAUUUUGAAUCACUGAUGCCCUGACUGACCUUCUCCAUGCUCUGAUUCACUCUCAGCCACGCAUACUACACCCUACCAUUUGCCUUGAUUUUAAUGCUUUCCCUAUUCAUGGAAUCACAGGUCCAGAAGGGGCAAGAAUUCUAGCUUUAAAAAAAAUGGAAGAAGUUUCUAGUGCUUAAGGCAGUAAAUGUGUGGGUGAUGCUGGAUAAUUUGAAGCAAUAUUCUAAUUUGAAGCAAUAUUCAGAAUUAGGUGGGGCAGCGGUGUGCAUGCUUAUGGAGUCUGCACAGCUGUUUGCUCUCCCAGUGAUGGGAAAGAGAAGAAUAACAGUGUAUGGCAAUAAAUGCAUGCCAGUUUGCUUGUUUUACUUAAUUUGAUUUCAUUUGUACAACAAAUAAAGCACAGACUGAUUUUAUUUCAUUUCAUUUAAUAAACAUGCAGUCAUACCUCGGUUUAAGUACACCUCGGUUUGAGUACUUUCAGUUUAAGUACUCUGCGGACCCGUCUGGAACAGAUUAAUCCACUUUCCAUUACUUUCAAUGGGAAAGUUUGCUUCAGGUUAAGUACGGACUUCCAGAACCAAUUACACUCAUACUUUGGGUUAAGUAUGCUUCAGGUUGAGUAUUCUGCGGACCCGUCUAGAACGGAUUAAUCCACCUUCCAUUACUUUCAAUGGGAAAGUUCGCUUCAGGUUAAGUACGCCUCAAUUUGAGUACUCCGUGGACCGUCUGGAACAGAUUAAUCCACUUUCCAUUACUUUCAAUGGGAAACUUCGCUUCAGGUUAAGUAUGCUUCAGGUUAAGUACACGCAUCCGGAACCAAUUGAGUGCUUAAACCGAGGUACCACUAUAUAUCACCUUUCAAAACUAAAAAUCUUUCCAAUGUCCUUUUCAACUCUUAUCAAAACUAUACCAAACCCAGCAAUUGCCCAGGAUAAUAUAACACAGUGUAACAGAACUAUUAAACCCAGAUCACAAGUACCAGAACUGCAACUGAGCCACAAUUUGUUUCUGACCUGCCAGAAGAAGAAGAAGAGUUUGGAUUUGAUAUCCCACUUUAUCACUACCCGAAGGAGUCUCAAAGCGGCUAACAGUCUCCUUUUCCCUUCCUCCCCCACAACAAACACUCUGUGAGGUGGGUGGGGCUGAGAGACUUCAAAGAAGUGUGCCUAGCCCAAGGUCACCCAGCAGCUGCAUGUGGAGGAGUGGGGAUGUGAACCCAGUUCACCAGAUUACAAGUCUACCGCUCUUAACCACUACACCACACUGGCUCCCUUUGGAAAGGCUGAGGUUGAAAAGGAGAACUUUGAGAGUGGGUGCUCAGUAAAGCUCUCGGUUGGCUCAGCAAAAGCUAAAAUGUAAAUAAGAACAAUAUUGUUAAAGGCGAAGUUUUGUGGAUCACAAGUUAUCAAACACAUUCUUCAGGAAGACAGAGGCAUGCCAGCUCAGAGAAGAAGUGUGCGCCAGGAGUGAUGGGAAUCCAAAUAUUUUGGGAUUUGUUCUCAAAAUGCAAUGCACUCAGCACAGAUUGGAGGCUGGACACCCACAACAUAAUGUGACAGAAAAAUAUGAGAAAGCAAUUGGGUGGCUCCAGCUUUCAUGACAGCAAAUUUAGUUCAUUAGCUACAUGAAGAGGACAUGAAGUACACAUACAGUGGUUCCUUGGGUUACGAACUUAAUUACUAGUUGUGGAGGUCCAUUCUUAACCUGAAACCAUUCUUAACCUGAGAUACCACUUUAGCUAAUGGGGCCUCCUGCUGCUGCCACGCCGCCGCCACGCGAUUUCUGUUCUCAUCCUGAGGUAAAGUUCUUAACCCAAGGUACUACUUCCAGGUUACUGGGGUUUGUAACCCGAAGUGUUUGUAACUGUAGAAGAAGGUUUUUGUUUCUCUUUAAUAUAUUAUAUGAC